AUGAUUCCAAACCGUUUAAUCUCCCUUUCGUCUUCGAAAGCUCAGCCCUUUCUUACCCACAAAUCGUUGUCCUCUUCUUCCACCUCUCCUCACUCCCAUAUCCUCUCUCUUCUGAAAUCAAGCUCUCAGCCCUGCCAUCUCAAGCAACUCCACGCCAAGUUCAUCACCCAAGGCCUGCAAUGUUCUCCCUCCAUCCUAACUGCCGCCACUUUAUCCUACAUCUCCCUCAGCUUCCUCGACUCUGCACUUCUCCUCUUCCGCUCCAUCCCAAAGCCAUGCCCACUGCUCCUCCUCCGAUCCAUCCCAAAGCCAUGCCCUUUUCUCUGGAAUAUGAUGAUCCGGUCGUCCGCUACUCACGCCCAGUUCCACCUCUCGCUUCUCCUGUACUCCAAUCUUCUCUCUUCCCCCCUCUCUCCUGACAACUUCACCUUCCCUUUUGCUCUCAAGUCCUGCGCAGGCCUGAACAAUCUCGAGCAGGGAAGACAGCUCCACCAACACUCCAUUUGCUUUGGAUGUCAUGAAGAUCCAUUUGUGGACGCUGCUCUGGUGGAUAUGUAUAGCAAAUGCGGCGAUGUAAACACCGCACGCCAAGUGUUCGACAGAAUGCCGAAGAGAGACCUUGUUUCCUACACCUCCAUGAUCUCUGGCUAUGCUCACAACGGACACAGCAUUGAGGCUUUGGAUUUCUUUAAAUACAUGAAGAACUCAAACGUGAAUGCCAAUCGAGUCGGAUUGUUGAGUGUUUUUCUUGCUUGCGGACGACUUGGGGCUCUCAGAAAGGGGGAAUGCUUCCAUAGCUAUGCGCUUCAGACUGGUUUUCUGGAAGACAUUUUAGUGCUAACUUCAGUUCUAGACAUGUAUGCUAAAUGUGGGAGUUUAGAUACAGCAAGGUUGAUUUUUUACACUGCAGAAGGUAAAGAUAUGGUGUGCUGGAGCGCCAUGAUUGCUAAUUAUGGAUACCAUGGUCUUGGAAAAGAGGCAAUCAAUACAUUCAAUCAAAUGGUGGAAGUCGGUUUGAAACCCAAUCAUGCCACUUUCACCAGCCUUCUUUCUGCUUGUAGCCAUUCAGGUUUGUUAGAAGAAGGCAAGAGCUGCUUCACUUCUAUGAGCAUGAAAUAUGGGAUUUCACCUAAGCUGAACCACUAUGCAUGCAUGGUUGACAUCUUCGGCCGAGCCGGGAAGUUGCAGGAAGCUCAAGAGCUUAUAGAGCAAAUGCCAAUGGAGCCUGAUUCUAGCUUGUGGGGUUCUUUACUUGGUGCGUGCAGGAUUCAUGGAGACUUGGAGCUGGGAGAGAAAGUUGCAGAUAGAAUAAUGGAGCUGGAUCCAGAGAAUCCUGGCUACUAUGUUCUUUUAUCAAAUAUUUAUGCUGCUAGAGCCAGAUGGACUGACGUUGAGAGACUGAGGAAGAAGAUGUCAGGAAGAAUGGUGAUUAAGGAUCAGGGAAUUAGUUUGAUUGAGUUCAACAACCAAAUACACAAAUUUGGAAUAGGAGAGAGGUCGCAUAGCCAGUCAAGAGAGAUAUACUCAUAUUUAGAGAAAUUAUCUAUGUUGAUGAGGCAAUUGGGCUAUGUUCCGUUGGGGGAAUUCUCACUUCAUGAUGUAGAAGAUGAGAACAAGGAAAUGGCUCUGUUUUAUCACAGCGAAAGGCUCGCUAUUGCGUUUGGUUUGAUGAACAUGAAUUCUGGAACUACUAUUCGGAUUGUGAAGAAUCUAAGAGUUUGUAGAGAUUGUCAUAAUGCUAUAAAGAUUAUUUCAAAAAUAGUGAACCGUUUGAUUAUUGUCAGGGAUAUGAAUCGUUUUCAUCACUUUGAGAAUGGUCUGUGUUCUUGUGGUGAUUAUUGGUAAGAGAAUUAAGCUUUUUAUUUUUAUUGGAGUGCUGUAAUGAACU